AUGCAGGCACAGUACGCCAUCCGCUCGCAGAAGGCCACCAGCCUCGUCAACGGUCCAUCAUGGGAGAUCGGAUCCAGCAUCGCUACGACGAAUAACGCGUCGCGCGCAGUCGUCUACUCGCCUAACGGCGAGUACGUUGCGUACGCGCAGCCCGAGUUGGUCUCGCUGUGCCGUGCUGCUGAUGGCCUCGAGGGUCAGGCGACGACAAUCGCACAGGUCGGUGUGAUUGCUCUCGCGUUCUCGCCUGCGUCUUCGACGCUCUUCACGUUCGAGCGGCCAGUCAAGUCCGAAACGGAGGUGUACAAGAACGUCAAGGCUUGGAGCGUGGAGACUGGCGAGCAGGUCGGGGGGUGGUACCACAAGACGGGUGACGACUGGGAGCCGAUCGUCACGCCCGAUGAGGCGAGCCUGUUCCGCCCCGCGGGCAACGACAUCCUGGUGUUCACGCCCAUGCUCGCUGAGCGGCCCGCCACGCGCCUCAAGUUCGACGGCCUGGUCCGUGGCGUCUUCAUCUCGCGGCCAUCCCAGCUGUCCGCGCCCCACGGCAAGCCCCUCCGACAGUAUCCCGAGCCAGCGGUCGCCAUCUGGAUCGGCGAGCGCAAGGGUGCACCUGCCUACGUGUCUUUAUACCCCUGCUCCUCGCUCGUCGGUAAGGGCACCGCCAACGGCGCCACCGACAAGACCGAGAACCGCGAGUUGCCGCCGACCGUCGCUCGCAAGGCCUUCUACAAGGCUGACAACGUUACCGUCAAGUGGAACAACGCCGGCACAAUGUGCUUGUUCCUUACGCACACGGACGUCGACAAUACGGGCAAGUCGUACUACGGCGAGACGAACCUGUACCUUGUGGCCCUCGACGGAUCGUUUGACGGCAUGAUCGACCUCGACAAGGAGGGCCCGGUCUACGACUUUGCAUGGAACCCCACUUCGCGCGACUUUGCCGUAUGCUACGGCUACAUGCCCGCCCGCACCCAAACGUACGACCACAAGGCCAAGCCGAUUUUCAACUUUGGCAACAACCACCGCAACUUUGUGUCGUACCAGCCGCAGGGGCGUCUGCUGCUCUCGGCGGGCUUUGGUAACCUGGCGGGCGGCGUAGAUGUGUGGGAGAUCUCGACUCGCAAGAAGAUUGCCGAGUUCAAGGCCUCCAACUCGAGUCACUGCGAGUGGUCGGCAUGUGGGCACUACAUCUUGACGGCGACGCUCUCGCCCCGUCUCCGCGUUGACAACGGUGUCAAGAUCUGGUGGGCUGGUGGCCAGCUCCUCCAUAUCCACCCGCAGGACGACCUGUAUGGCGCGACCUUCCGUCCCGCGCUCGUUGAGACGCUCCCAGCAUUCCCGUCGGUUGUGCCUAAGGCGCCGGAGGCAAACGCUUCGGUUGCCCAGUUCCGCCCUAAGGGCGAGGCCGACUCGGGCUCGGGCCCCUCCAAGCCCGUCGGCGCGUACCGCCCACCAGGUGCGCGCGGAUCUGCCGCCUCGUCGGCGUACGUGCGUGAUGACGACUCUGCGCCGUCCUCUGGCGCGUCGACGCCCAUGUUCCGCGGUGGCAAGCCUGCCGGUCGUUACAUUCCCGGCACGCCGAUCCCUGGUGCGCCGUCCUCUGGUGCGUCGGGUGCGGACAAGAAGAAGAAGCCCAGGAACAAGAAGAAGGCCGCGCCCGAGCCCGAGGAGCUCGCCGCCGAUCUCGCCAAAGUCGACCUCAAGAACGACGAGGACGCUGCGCAGAAGAAGAUCCGCAACUUGACCAAGAAGUUGAAGGCGAUCGACGACUUGAAGGCGCGCGUGACCAAGGGCGAGCAGCUCGAGAAGACGCAGAUGCAGAAGGUCGAGACGGAGGCGUCCGUCAGAGACGAGAUCCGCGCGCUCGGCGGCGACGCGUGA